AUGGAGAUCCACCGCGCACCCGAGUGCGAGCUCACGCGUUUGUGGGAACUGGAUGCUGCUGCCAUUUCGAACCGAUCGGCUCUACAACAACAGCAAGCGCAGCAGCGUGUAAAGUGGACGAAUGUCGACAUGUCAGCCAUCUCGUUCGUGCCUGGGGCCGUCGUGGUUUCAGCCAAUAACGAUGGCUCGAGCUUUCGCUUUUCACUUGCAGAAUGUAUCGCUCCAAAGACCCUGUACCGUCUCUCAUUAACGAUACAAUUGCCACAGACUGGACAAGCGACUGUACGCGUGCAGCUCCCAGUACGGACUCAAUUGACAAUGGCCUUGGGCUCCGCCCCUUUUCCUGCAGCAACGAAUGAAGUGGCACUGGGCUCGUCGCAGCUUAACACGUCGGUGGUCGCAGCAGAGCUGCCGUGCAUUUUGAAUGUCGCGGACGCGUUCCACGACGUGGACUUUGUAUGGGACGACGAGUGGAUGCGGUGGUAUGUGGACGACGUACUGUUACUGGAAGAAUAUAUGCAAGAAGCAGACGGUAGUGAAAAAAGCACAAGCGAUGAGGAUCCCGUGCUUUUCGUGGACUUGAGUGUCAAUGGCUCUGAUGCCACAAUGGCGGUCAGACAAAUGACGAUGAGCUCAGGAAACUCGUCGGACCCUUUUUGCGCUCCAAGCUAUUCAAGUGCAAGUAAUUGUCGCGUGCAAAAACCGUUUUCCCCUCGACUUGGCUCCAUCCGGGGGUCACUCUCGGUAAAGGAAGUGGAGGCCUACAUUGAUGAAGUGGCUGCGACAUUUCCGUUGAUAACGAAAGUUGAAGAGCUUGGACAAUCAGUUGAGAAGCGGCCGCUUCGUGCGCUCUGCCUCGGUGCAUGCUAUGCUCCUCAAAAGCAAAAGGUUCCUCAAGCGCUUUUCACAGGCAUGCACCACGCUCGCGAGCCCAUCUCCAUGAUGAAUAUGGUCUACACGAUCGACAUUUUGACAUCAGAUUAUCGCAAUGGAGACUUGGCAGCUUUGGAGUUGCUUACUUCUCGCCAGCUUUGGUUUAUUUUGGUUGUAAACCCGGAUGGGUACGCACGCAAUGAGAAAUCUCGCGUAUGGGAACAUGACGAAGUCGGGCAGCGCAAAAGCGCAGCACCGACUUGUGAUAAUAGCUCUGCAGAUGCAGGGGUGGAUUUAAACCGCAAUUACGACGUCUGCUUUGCACGGGACAGUAAGGGUAGUAGCAACGUUCCGUGCGGAGAUGACUACAACGGGCCUAGCGCUUUCUCGGAACCAGAAACACAGGCUGUGCGCGAUCUUGUGACGCGUAAUACCUCCGACUUCAGUGUAGCGCUCAAUUACCACUCGUACGGCAAGUUUGUUAAUAUUCCGUUUGCCUGCCAGGUCGAAGGUGGGCCAAGCGAAUUAAACAAUUCGGUCUUUGUAGCGUUAGCUCAAGAAAUGGCCCGUUUUAACGGGUUUCAGUAUGGUCAAUCCUGGAAGGAAAGCAAUUUAUACACGGUGAAUGGAGAGACAAGCGAUUGGAUGUGGCAGGCGCAUGGCAUCUUUGCUAUGUCACCUGAGGUUGGCCCAGCAUUCGAUGUGGAAUCUGUAAUGGGAUUUUGGCCACAACGCGAUGAAGUUCCUCAGCUAUCUGCCGAGCUUCAUUAUCCAAAUCUGUAUAUUUCGCGCAUCGCGGGUCCCGUGUAUGCAUUGGUGGUGAAUGACAUUCGGCUAGGCACCGUCGAUAACGACGGGUCGAUCGUGUCUUUUAUUUCCGUCGAUGUAAGAAUUUCGAACACUGGAUUGCGCUUUGCUGCAGCGGAUUUGGUAGGGUCCAUGUUUGUCAACGGAACCAAUGCCAGCGAUGCUGUUCAUUUUGAGCUCAAAGCAGUGCCUGAUGGCUCAGGAAAUUUGGCUGAAGUAGACCACACGCUGAUAAUUCCUUAUUCCGGAGGAGAUUACCGUCAGUCUAUACAGGAGAGUGAGACACUGUAUUUGGUUGUGAGGGACGCUUUGAGCUGCCAUCUCUUCCGCGUUGCGGUUCAUUUUUACGCUGGCGCACGUCACUCAACUUUCCGCACGUGGGCCGCGCUGCCGCUGCCUCGCUGCGGAACUUGCGAGAUGUUUGGUGUUUCAGCGAAUUUAGAUGAGGCUAAUGAUUCUCAGUACGACUCUCGAGUCUGUUCGGGCGUCAAAGAUGUAGCUCUGCUGAAGGCCAUUCGUACUCGGAAUGUCGACCAUGCCAUUUCCAUUAUCACAACAUUUGAAGAUAGUGUCAGUGACUUCGUCGAACAUGUUGAAGCGCCGAAGACUGCAGCCCCUACACCCGUUCCUGACGUCAAAUUCGCUGAUGCUGCAUCAGCAGAAAUGACAGCGAAGCAGUGUGCAUCGUGUUUACCGUCACUUAUGUCGUCAUUGGGCAUAGUCGCGCUGGCACUUUUCGUAGGAAUUGCGCUACUCGUAGUGGUCAUCCUUAGUUUUCAACGUCGCUGUCGCCGAAGAAUGAAGCCCACGUGCGCAAAACCAGCUCCAGAGGCUCGACUGGGACGAAGUAAAGUGCAGUAUUCGCGUGUUAGUGAACAGUGUUCAAGCUCGCCAGUGCUGGGUCAACAUGUUCACUUCGACGAGGGAACGGAAGAAUUAGCAGUCGGGCGCUAG